CGAGACUUCAAUCCGUAAAGAAGUCCAUUAACCGGAGGAGAGCAAGCAAGGAGGAGGGACGCCACUGAGGCAAAUUUUGGAUGAACCUGUAAAUGCGGUUGACUACCAGCCCCACAAGCUUCCCAGACAAUCAUACCACAAUGAUCCUGAUGAGAAAAUGCUUCCUGGAAAGAAGAAGAAGGUCCACCAACCGUAGUGGCUGCACUGUGAAAACGUGGUGGUCCCCCAGCCGAGGGUGCAGUCACGGUCGGCACGAAUGAGAAGGGGUUACGUUGAUGCGUGAUGGUCACUUGUGCGCUUAGGGUGACCUCGUAGAUGGCACUGGCGAUCCGAUGACGGUGAUAGCGUGCUAUGCCGAGGACACGAAGGUUGCAUACCGUGACGAGAACGGCUGGGAGGCCGAGGCCGAGGAAGGCAUAAACUGCCCCGUACCAAGCAGCGGCCGAGCCCCAGGCACCGUUUCCAAAGUCGGGAGCACAGCAACCUAGACCUGGACUAUAAGCGUACGGUGGUACCAGGCCGGAAAACGGUGGCAGGCAGAGUAGUAGGGCACCAGUCCACGAAGCUGCCAGACCUACGGCCACUCGUCUUGGCGAGACUAGGGCGGCGUAAUGCAAAGGAGCAGCAAUGGCGUAGUACCUAAUCUCAUCCCCAAAGGAAACCCAUUAAUAAUAAACUCAUGAAUAAUAUUCAUCAAUCCUAACAGGCUCCUUACCUAUCGCAAUUCAAACCCGUUACGGUCCAGAGUGCAACGGGGUGGAGUAAAGCAAGUAGAAAACCAUGAAGGACGCAGGACGUCCCCGCCACGUUCCAACCUCCCGUGGUAAACACAAGUAAGACCAGACAAACAGCAGCUUCCACGGCACCGAGAUGUAUCAUCUCGGACACCAAGUACUACCUGCUUCGUAAGUCCCACGACGAGAAGGACGUACGCAUUGAGCAGAAGGCCAAGAGCUGAUACGAGGACAAGUGGGACUCCAAAGGCCCAAGGGCCCAUUCCUCCGUUUCCCAACUGGUAUCACUCUCGUAUCUCCCUGACAAUGUAGAUUCACCUGACCCUAUUUCCAUCUUCCAGGAGCCCAACGACCUUUGGCCACAAGUUGCCAGUCGCUUUGGCAGGAUCUGCAGGACGUGAUAGAAAGACGGUGUCUGACUAGUGACGAUACCUCGAGUGGAAGAACCGAUGCAACCAUCCUUCUCCAAGAGUACGGUCUUCCUCAAGUUCUCCAGGAUGUAUAUAAUCAGCUUAUACGCGUAUGAACCUCUGUGCAAUUCGCUCGAUACUCCAUCAGACAUCGAGUACCCUGCGUCCGUGAACGAAUUACGUCCUCGUGGAGACAAUGUCUUGCUUCGAGAAUCCAAUAAUUUCGUUACGCUACUAUGUACGUGGUUGUCUCCAUUAUGGACCAUUAGUGGUUACCGAUAUUCUACCUGUCGAUACAUUCAAACGUCCUGUACUUUACGGUUCGGAUGAAAGCUCUGCAUUGUUGUAUUACAUAUCCAUUUACCGUACUAUGCACCUAUGGCAUUAGUGUAUACAUAUGUUACGUUCCCUUGGUCAUGCUACCGAUCCCACAUCGAUGGGAAUUGACGACAGGGAUAUAGUCCUAGAUAGAUUCUUGCCUGUGGACUUAUGCCUAUCGUUCUAUCGAUCCUCUCGGUGAGUUAGGUUAAAAAAGUUAGGUGUACAGGGUGACGUGCCAUUCGGAAAAAUUCUUUAAAAAGCGGAAUCAUUUCGUACGAACAACUAAUAAAAAAUAUAUAAUAUAAUAUAAUAUAUAUAUAUAUAUAUAUAAUAUAAUAUCUGCGUGUUAUCUACUCAGGUUGUAUUUGUAAGAACAAGACAGUUCCAUGGUUAUGAGACGAUAAUUUUAAAUAGAAACAACAAUGGCGGCUCUUCCGCAAACAUUUCUCACUCGGUGAGCGACGGGCUCUUAGCGAACCCGGAAGUGCUUCGUGGCACCUGACAACUUCCUGUGACUUUGACUUUUGGCGAUUUUUUAAAACCAAGGGACUCGAUGUUUGUUCUCCUUUUUUUUUAAUCACAUUUUCCCGAUCGCUUCACGUUGUGAACUUAUGUUUAUACGUUAGUUAGUACACCCCAUGAGAUCGAAUUGAAAUUCCUUUCGAAAGCCGUUCAGUCACGUUCUCUCGUGAAAUUGCGAAUGAUUAGCUACCAUCGGGCAGCUUCUCAAUAAGGAAUUUUAAUUAAAGAUGCUUUCUGGAUGCUGAUAAAAACUCUUGUUUCCCUUUUAGACCUGACAUUUAGCCAAGUACAGAUAUACCGACUUAUCCAGGAUUAUCGUGAAUAAUAUAGAGCGACGUCUCCUCGAGGUUCUUUAAAAAGGAUUCGCCAUCCUUAACACGUAAAUAGACUCAUUUCGGAUCAAUCCGUAUCGAAUUCAGAUCAGCGAGCAUUUUAUUAUUCAUUCGAUUUUCUUAAUUUUAAGUUACUCCGGUAAAAUCCAAGAUCAACUCUGAAGUCUUUCACCUGUACACAAGAAACUUGCUACUCUCUGAGAGAUUCCUUGAGUGUUUGUUCUCCUCCACUUUAUGUUCUUUACCUUUUUCUUCGCUCGCCCCUAAACUGUCUCCCUUAUUGCCGUCUCGGGACGCCCAACCGGCGGAGUAUUCACAAAAAUAGACGGCCUUUACCAUAUGUCCUGAAUUUAAGCCUGAACUUGCAAAUAUACAUAUGACCAGAUAAAUGUCAUGGCAUCAUUUGCGCGCUUAACAAAUAUAAACAUUUACAUAUAUAUAAUUUGAAAAUUGUCUAUUAAACACACAUGUUAUCUUGAUGGAAAAAAGAGAGAAAGAGAAAAGAAGCAUAAAGUAUAAGUAAAACAUCGCAGCUAUAUCCAGAUACAACUAGGUAAAAGGCAAUUCCGAUAAUGUCGGUGCAAAUAACGAGACAAGAACACAAGACUUGAUAGCUGAUAAACCUAACCUACCUUGUCCCAAUAAAUCUAUAUAAAUCUCUAUAGAUAUAUUAACGUAACAUUCUCCACGUGUCCAUAGAUCCUUACGAGUCCAUAAGAAUCCAUCAUGCUAUUUUUUAUAUGCUACUUUCCUCUUCCACCCCUCCCAUCCUCCUUGCACGCCAUCCUUCAGGAUUAGACUCCUUCCAUUUUUACCAAGCCAUUCGCAGCGUCCUCGUAAAAAGGACUUUUCUCCAUUUCUCUAUACUUUCCUCGACCCCCAUUCUAUCCUAUAUACGUGUAUCCCUCAUCAAAUCCUAUUCCGUUCCACUUCUCUUGACCAAAGUUCCGUUCUGCCAUCCUUUCAGGAGGGGUUACUUUCCUAGUAGAGUCCCAGCCCUUUCAACCUCUUGAUGAACUUGACCCCAAGCUGGCUGGGCUUCUCAGAAAGACUCCCUGUGCCCUAAUCCCCGGAGAAGAUGGUUUCUCACUAUAGCAUAAAGACACCAAGGUCUUAUAAUUAACCAAUUAUUAUCCCCUUUUCACUAUUUCAUUCGUGGGCUCCUCCAGGUAAGCUCUUUUCAUUUCUAUUUCCGCUUAAGCGUCAAUAUCCGCUCGGAAUAGAAAAUCGAGUAAAGAAACCAUCACCAGGUGGAAUAAUCUCUGUUUACCAUUAAUCCGGUGGAACGUCAUUGCUGUAAAGGACUGUACACCGUACAUUUGGACCAAUAAAGUAAGAGAAAAAAAAAUCAAAGAAAUAGAAAGACUGUACUAUCUUGAGAGGGAACAUUUUUUUACGUCAACUCCUCAAAAAUCAAAUAAUAUCCAGCAUUUAUGUCGUGUAUCAAAAGCAGUCAUCUCUCAGAACGUCGAGCAACAGGAGGUUCGUUCAAUCUCAAAUAAGCUGAGGAACUCUGAAGGUAAAUCGUCCAUGGAAAUGAUAAGUAUGUAAAAGUUUACCACUAGAGAAAAAGGGACGAUAUAAAAUACGACUGCAGCGACAAUUGGUCGCAAAUUGAACGACGCGUCAAGGAUCGAAAGUGCUGCUGAAAUUUACUCGUGAUCCGUGAAAAUUAACGGGAAUUCGUUAUCUUUCCGUCUCCGAGUACAAAUUCUUUUUAUUCUCCUUAAUUCUUUUUCGAUUUUCUUCAUCUCGUCGACUGCUUCUUCGCGCCACCCGUGACGGCAGCUACCGUCGUCACAGUCGAAACGUUAAAAGUCUUCUGGAUUUCGUUCGGUAUGCCCUUCGACGGCACGGAGACGUUUGUACACCGAACGGUAUUGAUCCCAUACAGAAUUGAAACUGGACUGACAUAUCGAUUCCUACAACAUGGCCUACUUUCGUCAAAUCGCCAAGUAACCGUUGCUUACCUAUAUAAUAUAUUCGCCAUAGGCAAUUUGCCCGUGUAUAACAGAAGCGAAGAGCCACCCAUCCGCUCCCGAAGAGUGGAAGAAAGAAAAAAAAUAGAAAACGAAAACAGCCAAAUUCAGAAGUCGAUAGAAUCACGGUCUCGUUACUCCAUGAUAACACGCGUUGUGUCCCUAUAAUGUGAUACACUAACGUAGGACAGCAUGUUAUCCUCUAACAGUGCGUGACCAGUAAACAGGUCGGAAGAGACUACGGACAGAAGAAGACAGGGGGUUGGGAAUCUUCCAACGAAGAUAAUAUCAAGUCAAAAUGAGCGAGCACGAACAGAACAGAGGAUAUAAUAGGGGCCGUUACACUUUGUGAAAAACCCAUCCAAAUGGGAUCCUUUGACCACAGUAGUUCCGGCAGAAGUUAAGGAGCCCCUAUUCCUGAUAACGGCCAAUCGUGGUCGGAGCGUAUGGAGUAUAUAUUGUUAUGUAACUUUAGGGAGCUUCAUUUUCGUUUACAGAAGCCAUCUUGCCGAUGGAACUUGAGAUACCGCCAGUGCGAAAAGUUUAAGUCGUCGCGACGCCAACGUUCCUUGCGAUAUCGCGCUUACUUGUCUCCCUUUAACGUUCAUGUAUGUACGUAGAUAUAUUAUGCGUAUAUAUGUAUAUUUAUAUAUAUUCCAGAUAUAUAACUACUGUACAUGGAUAUAUGUAUCUCCCGUGCUUGGUGCCCGACUGUCUGGCCAAGUGGAGUUCUUUUUACCGGUUUAUAAAGGAUGUCUUCGAAGAUCACCUUGACCAGGGAUACAGGACGACUGAGUAUCAAUCAGAAAAUCUUCUACGAGGAUAAUGGAUACCUGGUGAUACCACGUCUGAUAGCAUUGGAUAUUUUGAAGGAAUGUAGUCAAAGAUUUGAUGACAUUGCAUCCGGUAAACAUCCACGAGGAGAAAUUAUUGUUAUGAAGGACGUUUCCGAUCGUGGGGUGGUGAACAAGAUUCAGGAUUUGAACUACGAUGAAGUCUUCCAGAAGUAUAUAGAGUGUAAGGAACUCCUGGAUAUAGUGGAGUCAUUUACUGGUGGGAAUAUAAUGGCUAUGCAUAGUAUGCUCAUAGCUAAACCUCCUGACGUUGGCUCUGGAAGCUCUAGACAUCCACCACAUCAGGAUUUAUAUUACUUUCCUUUUCGACCAAUAAACAAGAUUGUGGCUGCCUGGACUGCUAUAGAACCCUGCGACGUGCUAAAUGGCUGUCUUUACGUUAGUCCUGGUUCGCAUAAAACUAAUCCGUUAUUGCCUCAUUUUUAUCCAGCUGAUACUAAGGCUGGAUCAGCGAAUAAGUUUUACUACGGUAUACAGGUAGGGACGUGCUUGUUCGUAUUAUUAUUAUUCUUGGGGAAUCCUGUAUUCUUUUCAUUUUCAAAGGACCUCCCCGUGUCGACCAUGCCCUGGAUAAAUGCUGAGAUGCUACCAGGUGACACUAUAUUCCUUCAUCCUCUUCUUGUUCACGGUUCCGGUGUGAAUACUUCCACACGUACCAGAAAGGCUAUUUCCUGUCAUUACGCAGCUGCUGAGUCCUCUUAUAUAGAAGUCAAGGGUACCGUUCAAGAACCUGUAGACGUAGAGGUUAUGGAAGUAGUGCGCCGUCGGUUCCCAGAAAUAACUUCGAUUAAUUAUAGUGACGUUUGGCGGUACAAGUCGACGCUUGUCCGAGGCAUUCGAUCCCUCCUGUGACUAUCUGGUAUUUUUGUUUUACCUUUUCGUAGUAUUUUUACUCUCAAAUAAAAUAUAUCUCUGAUACAAGAACGUUGGGAUUUCGGGACGAGGAUUUUGACAGAAGGGUUUAAGUAACGACACGGUAGAAGAGGAUGUGACGGCAACGUCGGGGUUGUCGUCCUUAUUAUUCAUUAUAAUUAAAUCACGUCGAUUGCGUUGGUGAUAACCAGUUCCUGAGGAUUGUAAAUUGUAGCAGUGCUUGGAAUGCGGAUCCUUGUAGGUAUUCUCGUGACGAACAGAGGCACUCGAAGUGCGACAGGUCGCGAGGCAUACUUGGAAACGGUCCAGGUUUCGCAAACGAUGC